GAAACCAUACCACAUUCUUUUCUUUAUUUUAUUAUAUUUUUAUAUUUUUAUUUUCCCUUGCAUAAUUAAUAGCAAUACCAAUUCAUAAUCAAAUCCACAAUUAAAAUUUUACAAAAACAAAAACCACAACCACAACAACAAUCUUUCAGAGAAUCCAGUCAGGUUUGUGAACUGCGAUAUUGUAGCAAUAAUGAGAUUCAAGAAAGGGAGUAAAGUGGAAGUCUUGAGCAAAAAAGGAGGGCCUUCAGGCUUCUGGCGCUGUGCUGAGAUUAUCUGUGGUAAUGGCCACACUUACACAGUUAAAUAUGAGGGGCAUGCAGGCACCAUGGAUGAGAUAGUAAUGGAGAGAAUAUCUAGGAAGGCAAUAAGGCCUUGCCCUCCGCUACCUGAAAUUGCUGAAAAUUGGGUUCCUGGUGAUGUAGUAGAGGUGUUUCAUGAUUUUUCUUGGAAAAUGGCAAAAAUAUCAAAGAUGUUGGGGAAAAAAUACUUUCUGGUCAGGAUACUAGGAUCAUCUCUUGAAUUCAAAGCGAGCAAAGUUGACAUUCGGAUAAGACAGUCUUGGCAAGAUGAUAAAUGGAUUGUAAUUGGAAAGGGUUCUGGCAGCUGUGAAGAUACAAAACAUGAUGAAAUUUCAACUCUAAAGUGCAAGAGAAACUCUCUGAACAAUUUUCAAAUGACAAAAACAAGGUUAAAUGAACAUGUGAAGGAUGAUUGCUUUCCUAUAGUGAACAAGGAGAAACUCCAAGAGUCUGAUCUGGUUUCAGGUAGAACUUUGAAGAGAAGACCUUAUGGUUAUAAACAAGCUGAAGCAUGUGACUGUGCUUCCCAGAAAUUUAGAGCAGUUGAGAAAGAAGGCAGGCUGCACCGAGUUUUUGCUACAAAUCAAUCCUUAUUGCUUGAACAGGUGGAUGGGAUUGCUUUCCCAAAAGAAAUGGUGGGUGAAAAAUUCAUACAUUCUUCUUUUAACAACCAAACUGGGUUUUCUGCACUGGAUAUGGAGAGAAGAAAACAAACUGCUGCUGUUGGAUGUUCAUCUGCAAUAGAUUUAGAAACCACCAAUGAAGAUAGUGUUACUAGCUCAGUUGGUAGUUGUAGCAUCACUAGCAACAAUUUCUGUAAGUUGCAUUAUUAUACAGGUUUUACUGAAGAUAUUGAUGGUUAUGGUAGUGAUGCAGAAUCUUUCUGCCAGUGGGGAUAUGGGGAAGAAAAUAUUCCCUUUCCCAUGAAGGAGGAAUUGGCAGCUGAAAUCCAUAGGUUAGAGUUGCAUGCCUACCGAUGCACUAUGGAGGCAUUGUAUGCAUCAGGACCUCUAAGUUGGGAGCAAGAAGCAUUGGUGACAAAUCUCCGUCUUUCCCUCCAUAUAUCAAAUGAUGAACAUUUGAUGGAGGUCAGAAAUUUAGUUUCUGCUGAUAAUAGCAUCCCUUCUAGAUGACAAGCAUUUUGGAAAGCUUUUGUUGGUCAUUCAUUUUGUUUUGUAGAACUAGAAUCUGAUAAAUAGUUGGUAUAAAUGGCAUGUCUCCUUGUAAGAAGCAUGAUGAACUGUUGUUUUCCAUUUCUUUCAUUUUUGUUUUAUAACAUAAAGUGUCCUAGAUUAAAUGAAUGUACUAGAAAAGUUGCAAAGUAAUGAAUAUUUCUAAACUUGUCCUUGUGUCACAAUUCUAUUUUCUUGUAUUUCUAUUUUCAGGUCCUUUGCGAACUUAGAUGAAUGUUUUAACAUUUGCAAAAAAUUGGGUACAACGGAUUGUGCUGUCCUGUUAUAUUUUAAAGAUUUCUUACAUCAAAAGAGAUGUGCGUAAUCUGCCUACUUUGUCAUUGGAACAUGCUGUUUAAGUUUCGACACUUGUAAUAUUAAGAUGCCAUUUUUACCAAAAAAGCAUGCAGAAAAUGUGGAAGAAUUCGGUUUGUUCAAACUGAAGCAAUAAGAAAGCAGUUUCCUGCUUCCUGUUUUAUAUGGAUAUACUUUGGGCUGCCUAUUUUCAUCAUCUUGAUAUUCUCCUUACCAAUUGGCAUUGCAGCAGUUUCCUUUAAGGACAUUAUUGAUACUUUCUGCUGCAUUUUCCAGGGCAAAAGUAGGAGGCUUGUACACCUCUCUUCCCAAUGUUGAAAGAUGAUGUUGGUGUUUGCUACGUUGUCUUGGUCUAAACAGUUGGGUAAUUCAUACAGCCAGUUGUUCAGCCACUGAUUUUUGGUAAUUAUAUGAUUGCCAUACUUCCAUUUCAGGCCACCAUUGAGCCUCACAUAUCUUGUUUUGCUGAAGAAUGUGAGACUUGAUAGUAGUUAUUGCCAUGGGAUGACCUUCAUUUGGAGUCUUGGAAGGUUUUAGUUUGGACCUUUCCUUGCUUCAUCCAUAUAUAGCACCUCUUGCUUAUUGAUAUCUCUUGUCAGUUGCAAAGCUAUCAGAUGGAAUCCUCCAUUUUCAUGAAAAAGAAAAAAAAAAUCUUCAUGUUUUUAUUGUAUAAUGCUUGUCAUUUGCAUUUUUUUUUUCUUUUUUUAAAUUCUGUGAAGAAUGUGAAGUGGAAAUUUAUUGA